UUUUUUGGCGCUGCCUUGUGCGCGCCGCUGUUGCAGCUGAGAGCGCUGCAGCAUAGAUAUAUCGCAGCAGCGCUGCAACGGAUGCGCGCAGUUGCAAUUUCUGCGCGCAGCGCACGGUAAAAUUUAAUUUCUCACGUCUCUUGAGCUGCAAAUAAAUAUAUAAUCGACAGCGGUGGAGAUGUACAGCGACGAACCCACAACACCAUUAAUGGACGGCGCGCUGUCCGACGGCAGCAUCUCGCGCAACACCAGCAGCGCAAGCGUCCAGCCCAUCCAGCGCUCGACGUCCUCCUUGGAGAUGCGCGCCGAAACCGCGCCGGCGCUCCACGUCGACAGCAACGCGCAGCUGAGCCACGCCGUGAAAGCGAGGCGGCGGCAGCUCCGCAUGAAGCUCAAUUCGAUUGAUUCGGAAGAGGGCGACGAAAACGUGAGGAAGGAGAUCAACCAUCGGGUGGAGCAGGACGCGCGCGACGCCUAUGAAUCUUUAAGGAGCCAGGGCAAGCUCGUGGCGGCGACGUUCGCGACGCAGUCACUCGGUCUGUCUCUGGUCCUAUCGCGGUUCGCCCCGACGCCGCACCAGCUCAAGCGCAAGGAGCUCACGCCCCAGAAGACGUUGAGACGUACUUUGAGUAACGGCGACCUCAACGACGAGGACGACGAAGGGAGAAGACUAGUCAUCGUCGAGGACACGUUCUCCGAUAGAGGUGGGGGCGUCGCUCGAGCGCUACUGAGGCCGAUGGACGAGCUCGUCGGCGUUUCCACAUCCCCAUUCGCGGACGAGGCGCCGCCCGUCGAGGACGUCGACUUAGUCGUAGAUUUGACGCCGUCGGCCUUCGACGCUUUGUUAGUGAAAAUUAGAGACGCGCCGAGACCUUUGACGCUGGUCUUUGCCCGAGGAAGGUGCCUCGCGGCGGUGCGGAGGAGGCCGCGGCCGCUCUCGCCCCAGAAGCCGCACCUCGGGCCGACGCGGCGCCGCGGCCACGGCGCCACGCCGACGCGCCCGCGGUCCCCUCAAAAGCAGCGGCGCGCGCCGCCGCCGCGGACCUGGCGCCGCUUCUGCGCGGACGCGUCCAGUUGUUUGCAGACGGUGAGCGAGGCGUUGGUGCGCGGCGUCCUCGCGUGCCUCGACGCGCCGAUGCGCCGCCUGCGCCGGCGGCGAAAGAUGACGCCGACGAACCACCGGGCGCCGCCGCGGGGCCACCGGCGCAUCAACUCCGAGCCCUUGCCGACGCAUUUCUUCGCCGGGCCUGAGGAGCAGAACCUCGUUUAGCUAUGUUUAAGAUAACGCUGUGACGUACUUCUGUAUCCACAUGUCCUUACUCACAUGUCACAGCGA